AAGCAAAAGAGGCACACUUGUAAGGUAGAGUUGACCAUUUCAAACCAUCUAAAUAUUUUCAGAAACUUAGAUCAAAAUAAUAUUUUUCCCCUAAAAUUUUACCCAAAAAAAUUCCGUAUUGAAACAAAAAAAUGGGAAUUUUAUGCAAGGUAGUUGAUAUGCUGCUGUUGGUGGCGUUUAUGGUGAUGCUUGUAGCCGGACCUUUAAUCGAUGCGCAGCUGGUUUUGCCGGAGGCCACUUUCCCGGAGGUGCUCGUCCGUUUGAAGCAGCAAUAUGCGGAGGAGUACCAAGAUUAUUUGAUGGUGGAGAAGCCUCAUUUCUUCGUGGCCUUGGUCUGGUUGGAGCUUAUUUUCCAGUGGCCUCUUGUUUUGCUUAACAUUUAUGGGAUUUUGGCAUCCAAGCAUUGGUUCCACACCACUUGUCUCAUCUAUGGUGCCUCUGUUAUUACUGCCAUGACUGCUUUAUUAGGGGAGCUGAUGGGAUCCCAGAAGGCUUCAGAUAAAUUGUUGACAGUGUACUCUCCUUUCAUGGGACUCGGUGUUUUAGCCUUCCUGCGAGGGCUGGUUCCAAACUUAGGCAAGGCUCAGACCAUUGGCAAAAGACCUGCAAUGGCUAGGGAGAAAAGGGCUUGAGCCUUGAAGUUGAGUUUACAAAACACAUCUUUUAGACAUUCUUGUAACCCUCUUAUGUCAUAUGUUUAGAACGUUGUUUGUUUCAUUUGUAUGAUUAUUUGCUGCAAGUUUAGUACCAAAUGCAUUGCCUGGUACUGUUUGUCGAGGUGAUUGUUUUAGAACCCUUUUUUGCUUGGAUCAAAAUGAAAUGCUAUCUGAUUGAUCUUUGUUUA